UUUUUUUUUAUUUUUUUUUUUGAUUUUUUUCUUUAAAAAAAAAAGAAGAGACAAUGAGCUUAAAUUGGGUUAUGUUAACGCAGGAUGGUACUGCACCUGUGCCUUUACCUCAAGAAAAAAUGUUCUUUACCCAAAAAGAUGUUAAAUUAGUUUUAGAUUGUAACGAUUCAGUAGGAGGAUAUCCAGGCAAUUCAGAAGGAUAUUACGAGUCAAAUAAAGGAACAGUUAUAUUAUCUAAUCAAAGAAUAAUCUAUUUGGCACAGCCAUCCUCUACACAUAAUUCUUUGACGACAAUGCCGCAAUUUAAAAAUUUAACCAUUCCAAUUUUGAAUUUUAAAAGUUGGAAAUUAGAACAACCAUGGUUUGGAGCAAACUAUAUAUCUGGCACUGUUAUUCCUGUGCAAGGUGGCGGAUUGACAAAGAAUAGUCAAUUAAAGUUAACUUUUACUGAAGGAGGCGCAAUUGAAUUUACAACUAUUUUACGUAGUUUAUUAGAACGUAUGGGAGAAGUAAAUGAAAUCCCCAGAGAAUAUGAACCUUUACCUGCAUAUGAAGGCAAUGGUGAUAAUAGCGGCAGCAGUACAAAUCAUGCUAAUGAGCCACCACCUCAAUAUACAUUUUAAUUUUAUGCAUAUAUAAAAGUGUCUUGAUAUAAAGAUAUGGUUUUAUUAUUAUAGUGAUGCAAAGUAAAAAGUACAAGUAUAUAAAUAUAUCUUUUUUUUUCUUUUUUAUAUUUAUAUAUAAAUAUGUAUAAAUAUAUUUAUGUACAAAAUAAUGAUAUAUAUAAAUAUAAAUAUAUAUGUGUAUAUUCAUUUAUAAUAUAAAUAAAUA